GUCAGCCAGUGAAUUGCUCACCAUCGUUCCUCACUCCCAGCAAUCUUUCCAAGAUGUAGGAGUUUCAUUUGGCCUUUCCAGAUCUGGGAAAGACAUAGAAAGAGGAGAUUCUCUACAGAUGCAAAUUUACCCCACAAGAGAAGACUUUGCAGGACCAUUUUACAAUAUGUCAAAGACAUAUUUUGGGAUGGAGAAAUUAAUUAUUCUACUGCUCUGGUUACAAUAUGUUGUUAAGAUCUCAAAAAAUUUUCAUUAUAAACCAAUGAAUAAGCAAACAACAGAAGUUUUUAUUGAGUGGGAUGAAUUUCCUAAGGGAGGAAAUCCUGAAUUUUAUUUUUUAAAAUAUCAACUUGUUAAUGAUUUUGCUCAAGAAAAUGUAAAAAGUAUUCUUACAGACUCACAAAGGCAUCAAAAAUUAAUAACAGUAGAGGAAAAUGAAGACUAUCACAUCAUUUUGCAGUCCAUGAGAUAUGGACAAAUUUUAAGUGAAAAGUUAUUUCAAACUCAUGGAAUCUCAGCUAGCAAUAUUAAAACAAUAGCAACAAGUACAAGUGUUUCUUUUAACUGGAGCAUGCCCUUUUCCAAAGACAUAUCAGUGUCAAUAUCUUUUAAUAAUUCUUCACAAGUUAUGCAAAAUAAUGUUAUGGUUUUUGAGUGGGGUAAUUUAAAACCUGCAUCUUUAUAUGCUUUCACAUUUGAAUUCAAACAGUUACACUUGGAUUUCAUAAACAUAUUUCAGAGACUGGAUGUUCAAGUUGAAACAGGAUCAUGUUCACAAGGAUGGGCAGCAUUAAAAAAUAACUGUUAUAGAAUUAGCAAGGAAAGAAAGCCAUGGAAUAUAGCCCAGCAACAUUGUGAAUUAUCCUUAAGUUCUGCACACCUUGUGGAUAUAAAAAAUAAAGAGGAAAAAAAUUUUAUAUUUUCAUAUCUCAGGUCAAACAAGUAAUAAUAUGGACUGGUCUUAAUGAUGUGAAGAAAGAAGGUCUUCUUACAUGGGCAGACGGAUCAUCUUUUGGCCUUAAGAAAAAUGAAAUCUUUUCUUUUUCAUUGCUAGCCAAGAAUGAAACACAUUGCUACAUUUUACAGCAAAAUCCAACUGGAUCAAACUAUUUCUUUACAAGAUUUUUUGUCAUGUUCCACUGCCAUAUGUUUGUGAAUAUGAAUCACCUUCUCUGCAAGAAAGCUUUUUGUUUUAUCUAAAGGAUGUUGGAACAACAGAAGUUGUAUUUAGUUGGAAUAAUUUGAAGUUUUGGAAUAAUUUGAAUAAGUGGGUGAAGUUGGGAUAUAAGAUUAUCAUUACAUAUUCUUUAGAUUAUACAAAAGAGCAACAUUUUGAAAGCAUGCCCCCAAAUACUACAGAAAAAACAAUUACCCAACUGUUCCCUGGUCACAUUUAUAGAUUUUUACUCUUUGCAAUAAAUGAAUGGGAGACAAAGACUACUUUAAGUCCAAUAUUCACUGUAGAAACACGCCCUUUGUCAGCCCAAAAUUUCAGAGUGACACGUGUUACCCCAACAGAAAUAUUUUUACACUGGGAUCCUCCAGAGCCUGUAUUUUUUCAUCAUUACCUUGUUACUGUUUUGGAUGUUGAAAACAAUACAUCAGAAGAGGUGUUUGUUGAGAAACACAACACAGCAACAAUAAUUGGACAUCUUAAGCCUUUUCAUCAUUAUCUAGUAUAUCUAUUCAGUGUAGCAGAAAGAGGAACUUUAAGUUGCUUGGAAAAACCACUUUCAGUCAUUACAGGUAAGCAUGGCUGUGUGUUGCCUUUUACUCAAAAACAUCUAAACUGAUAGUUUCUGUUUAUAUUUCACUGUUAUACAAUAUUUCCUUAUAACAAGCCUGCACACUUACCCCAAAAUCUAAAAUGAUAAUAAAUAGUAUAAACUGCAUAUUUCAAAGUAUAAUUUUGCUAAUAUUUUACUAUGUUAAUUCUUCACAAGUACAAAUAAAGUUGAACAUGUUUUUGAAUGUUGAAUCACAAUUCUAAGCAUGUAUUCAAAAUACUAAAUUUAUUUAAAUUUACAUGAAUUCUUUAAUUAUUCCAAUCUGCAUUUUUUUUCUACCGAAGUCCCAGAAGACAUAUUCUUUGUCAUAGCCUUAGGUGGAAAAUAAAUUUAUCUUUAUUUAUCAUAAGAUAAACAAAUUAUCAUAUGAAUAUUAGUUCACCAAAUUCUUUUUAGUAACACUAGACCCAACGAACAGGUCUGCAUAUUUUAAUCAGUUGUACAGUACUUGGUUCAUUAUUUUCUCACACAGUGUAAUGUGUUGACCUCUAGGGGGCAGUCUCAUCAUGGCAUUUUUGACAAAUGUAUUUCUACCCUCCUCUUAACCUCCACAUAGCAGUUUUUGAAUCUUUGUCUGGAACAUAAUCAUUAAAGUAAUCGAUUGUUUAAUUAAUAAUUCUAUUUAUUCCCUAAAAUAUAAAAGUAUUUUUUAAAAGAUAAGACAUUUUCUUACAAAACAAUGCAAAGCUAAGCACAUUUUGGCAGUAUAUCCUUGUAAGUGUAGUGUGUGUUGUUUGUGUAUUUGUCAUGCUGUUGCAAAGUUCUUUGGAAUUUCAACAGCCAAAAUUAAAACACCCUAUGGCUGAAGUAGGUAGAAUGAAAAAUCUUCAUGUGCACAGCCGUAGAUUAAUUAACCUUCCUAUACUUAUUGGGAAUAUUUAAGAUUCUUUGAAAAUAAUAACAAUAAUAGAUACAAUUUAAUGCUUACUAAAAGCCAGUGCUUAACAUACAAGUAUUCAGUAUUGCAAAUUCUAGUAAAAAUAUUUUUCCAAUUGGAUACUAGGUAGCAGAUGUUUUCUCUUCCCCAAGCUCAGACAAAGUAUCCUUCCAUUGGCAAAUGAUUGUUUGGUUGGGUCAUUCACACUUUAGGAAGGCACUUUCAUUUUUAAUUGACAGAUGGACUAGGAGGAUUUUUCACAUAUCUAUUAAUUUUGAAGUCGACUUAAAAUCUUCUAGGACUUAUACCUAUUUAUUUCAUAAAAGGUACAGUGUGAGUCUGCAUUAUUAAUUUUUUGGGUCAUUUACUGUGUAUAUUUACUGUAAGCUGAUAAACCAGUGCAUGUCCAGGAUUUAGUAAUCCAGUGUUACUUUACUCUCUUAAGCUUGAGGCAAUAUUCUUUUUUCCCAAAGAAUAUUUGUUAUUCGUCAUUCACUCAAUGAAUUAUUUUUCAGUAUUAAGAAUUGAGCUAGGCACUAGAGAUACAAUGAUGAAGAAGACCUAGUCUCAGUAGAUUUAUGCACUAAUGAAAUGAGACAAAUAAGUUAACAGUGAUAGCGCUGCAUUAUAAUUACCAUUAUAGCAGUUAUGCUCUGGAUACUAUAGGAACGUAGAGAGGAAUCAAUUAGCCCAAACUCAGGGUGCAGAUUGUCAUGGGUAAGUGAUGUGCUUAAUCAUAAAGGAGUAGAAAUUAGCCAGCAGGUGGCAGUAGGGAGGGAGAAGGAUGCUGCAAGUAGAACAAACGGAAUGUGCGUAGGCAAAGGCCAGAGAAAAAGCAUUUCUAA